AUGGCGUCGCUUCGGUCGGCGGAACGACGCAACUGUCGACUUUACGUGAAUAAAGCUCUUAAUUGCGACCUGCAGGCAGUUGCGAAAGCUGCUCCAGCCAAACACACACACACACACACAGCCUCGGUUAAAGAGUUUGCCGUCCGACGAGGAGAUGCGUGCAUGUCGACCCAUCAGAAGACAACCCGGAUCCCCUUUGGUCUGGCGCUCCUCGAGGCCAUCUGCUCUGUUUCCGGCCACAAUGUACCGGCAGCACAGACCAACAAACACAAGCACAUGUACGCACAUGUUUCUGCAUUCAAUCGCCAUGCGCCAAGUAAACCAACCUUUACACCUCGAAAGUAUUUCGCGGUUGCGAGUAUGCGCAAGCGGCGCAGGAGAAAGGUCCACUUUGUUGUGAAAAUGUCUAUCGGGCGGAGUGACACAAGAAGCGAAAAAACUGGCAACCCGAAAGUGCCAGACCGAACCAAAUCGCUUCGGUCGUCUCCAUUUUGGAGAGACACGCAUGCAUUUCCUCUUGACACACACACAUUCCUCCAAAAUGCAAUUCCUCACUCCUCUUCUCCUCGCAUCACACCCGCCUUCACAUCCCGUCUCCUCGGCAUACACACACACAACCAUAUCCUGUCGGCUUUAGCCAAUUUCACACCUUCCCCCACAGAUUGUAUGAGCCACGAUCCGCGGUGCUAUGAGCACACGCAAGCAAGUGAGGCCAUUUGCCAUUUUGCGCUAAAGGUCCAGUGCAGAUUGAGACAAAACGUUCGCUUUGCCAACUUUGUGCAUCACUUAACCUCGUUGUCUUUCGUGAACUCCGUCUCUAAGGCCUUUAAUCAAACCGAAAUGCUGCUCUUUUCGGCCUCACCAACCCAGGUGACCUCACUUUUGGUAGCUUUCUUGCGCUCGAGGUCACCGUUUCGCAUAGUCCACCAUCACAAGAUGCUGCUCAUCCUUUUACUUGACUUGCAAAUAGACCCUAGAAAGAUCUUUUAG